AUGGGACCUGACCUGUGGGUUGCUUUCCUGGCUCGACCUCAGACCUCCUUCAUCACCAUGAACUCUUCUGGCAGUCUGGACUCCUGCUUGGUCCUGACAGCCAUCCCCUGGCCUGCCUGCCUGCCUUGUCUGAGGGACUUGGAAGCUAUGAAAAAAGGUGACCCCGACUCUGUGAGGGGUGGAGGUGUGAGCGACCAGCUGGUACCAGGAGGUGCAGACGUGGCAGGGAAGGAUGCCUGGGCUGGGAGAGUCUGCCGUGCAAGUCCAGCUGCUAUUGCAGUGCAUCAAAAUAAAGAGGAAAAGAAGAAAGAAAAUGAAGCUCUGAACCGACAUCGGAAUGAUCUACAGUGUGAGCCAAGCUUCAUAGAAGACAGGCUGAAGCUUUACGAAGCACUGAAAAAAGAACAUGAUGCUUUGCUAGCUUACAGAGCGGCCAACCUGAGCAAACCUAUCAAAAUUACCCUGACAGACGGAAAAAUGGCUGAAGGGGAAUCUUGGAAAACCACACCAUAUCAAUUAGCUGUUGGAAUUAGUCAAGUGUUGGCUUCAAAUGCAGUCAUAGCCAAAGUGAAUGGUGAACUGUGGGACCUGGACCGUCCGCUGGAGGGAGAUUGUACUCUGGAGCUGCUUAUGUUUGAUAAUGAAGAAGCAAAAGCUGUUUAUUGGCAUUCAAGUGCUCAUAUUCUUGGAGAGGCAAUGGAAGGUUAUUUUGGGGGCUGCUUAUGCUAUGGACCACCAAUUGAGAAUGGAUUUUAUUAUGACAUGUACAUUGAAGACAGAGGUGUAUCUAGUACUGAAUUCCCACUACUAGAGAACCGCUGUAAAAAUAUCAUAAAAGAGAAGCAGGCUUUCGAAAGGCUGGAAGUCAAAAAGGACAUCCUGUUAGACAUGUUUAAGAGAUGUGGUCCGUUGAUUGAUCUCUGCAGGGGUCCACACGUGAGACACACUGGAAAAAUUAAGGCCCUUAAAAUAUUUAAGAAUUCUUCUACAUAUUGGGAAGGAAAAUCUGACAUGGAAACUCUGCAGAGAAUAUAUGGAAUAUCCUUUCCUGAUAACAAAAUGAUGAAGGAAUGGGAAAAAUUCCAGGAAGAAGCCAGAAAUCGGGACCAUAGGAAAAUUGGAAAGGAGCAAGAACUCUUCUUCUUUCACGACUUGAGUCCUGGAAGCUGCUUUUUCCUCCCCAGGGGUGCCUUUCUUUAUAACACACUCGUGGAUUUCAUACGAGAGGAAUAUCACAGGCGUAAUUUCACUGAAGUUGUAUCUCCAAACGUCUUCAACAGUAAACUCUGGGAAACUUCAGGACACUGGCAGCACUACAGUGAAAAUAUGUUCUCUUUUGAGAUCGAGAAGGAAACUUUUGCCCUUAAACCGAUGAAUUGUCCAGGACAUUGCUUGAUGUUUGCCCAUCGUCCACGAUCCUGGAGGGAAAUGCCUCUUAGACUUGCAGAUUUUGGAGUUCUUCACCGAAAUGAACUCUCUGGGACUUUAAGUGGCUUGACUCGUGUAAGGCGCUUCCAGCAAGAUGAUGCUCACAUCUUUUGCACAAUAGAACAGAUUGAAGAAGAAAUUAAGGGCUGUCUUGAUUUCCUGAAGUCAGUGUAUGCUGUCUUUGGUUUUUCCUUUCAACUACAUCUCUCUACAAGACCAGAAAAUUAUCUAGGAGAGUUGGAGAUCUGGGAUCAUGCAGAAAAGCAACUUGAAAACAGCUUGAAUAACUUUGGAGAGCAAUGGAAUUUGAAUCCAGGAGAUGGAGCAUUUUAUGGUCCGAAGAUUGAUAUUAAAAUCAAAGAUGCUAUUGGCAGGUACCAUCAAUGUGCUACUAUCCAACUGGACUUCCAACUACCCAUUCAAUUUAAUCUUACUUACGUUGGUAAGGAUGGCGAUGAUAAGAAAAGGCCAGUGAUUAUUCAUAGAGCUAUUUUGGGAUCUGUGGAGAGAAUGAUAGCUAUUCUCGCAGAAAAUUACGGAGGAAAAUGGCCGUUCUGGCUGUCUCCGCGGCAGGUCAUGGUUGUGCCUGUGGGACCUGCUUCUGAAGAGUACGCCCGGCAGGUUUGCAGUGACUUUUUUGAAGCAGGAUUUAUGUCAGAUGUGGAUCUGGAUCAAAGUUGCACAUUAAACAAGAAAAUUAGAAAUGCACAGCUGGCCCAGUAUAACUUUAUCUUAGUGGUUGGAGAAAAGGAGAAAGCAAAUAAUGCUGUCAACGUGCGAACAAGAGACAACAAAAUUCAUGGGGAGACUUCAGUAUCUUCUGCUAUUGAGAAACUCAAGAAAUUUAAGAGUUCACGUGUUCAAAAUGCAGAAGAAGAAUUCUGA